CUGCAGAUCCUUGCUCCUCAGAGAAACAAAUAUGCAUCUGAAAGUUGUGAUCUUCGCCCUGUCAUUCUUGACAGUUUCAGCAUACCCAUUCCACCUUAACCCCAGGGGAGCAAUCUGGAUUGAUUCAAAGUCCAACCAUGCUCAUGACAAGACAGUCCUCUCAAAGGAUGUUGACAAUUUCUACAAGCAUCACCUUGACAGCAGCAGCCUUUACAACCAAGGAGAUGAUGACAACAAAAACCCAAUGGCAGAGGAAAUGCAGCAAAAACUCAGCGUGCAGUCUGAGUAUCUGCGUACCCGUCUGCACCAAGAGCUGGCCGAGCUGCGGGAGAGGCUGUCCCCGUCUUCUACCCACCUCAGCUCCACCCUGGCAAGCAUGAGGGAACGCUUGGCCCCUCUCACCCAGCAGCUCCAGAGCUCACUCAGCAGCAACACCCAAGAUCUGUGUGGCCAGUUGAGCCACUAUCUGCACAGCCUGGAGACAGCAGAUGCCCAGGCAGAGACCAGAGCGGCUCAAAACCAGGAAGCUUUCCACUGGAUGACAAAUGCACUGGAGCACGGCAGCUCCAAGAUGGCCGACAUCAUCAACGACUUCCACACUAAAACAGUCGGGGUGCUUGAACAUUUGACAGAAGUCGGAACGAGUGAGGAAGAGGCAGCCAAGUCAGAGCUCUGGCCGCUAAUGAGCUCCAGGUUAGGACAGGAGGUGAGUUCACUCAGAGAGGAGACACAGAACAGGGUGGGAGCUCUGAAAGCAGAACUUGAUGCUCUACAAGGAAAUGUGGUCCCUGUAAAGGCCGAAGUGACAGCCAGUGUGGAGCAGUUCUGCCAAAAUUCAGCCUUGCAAAGCCAGUGGUUUCAGGUUCAGAUGGAAAAGCUGUUUCAGGGGCUGGAGGAGGAGAUGAAUGUUCAAAGAUCCUCCAGAUUGUCUCCUCCUUCUUCUUCUUCCUCACCCAUACAGCCUACUGGCUCUCUACAGGAGGAAUUCUCAAUUAAACUGUCUGCUCUGCUCCAGGACAUUCUGCACUCGGUGUAGUGACACUGAUUUGUGUCUUGUUUUUGACACUGUACCAGCUAAGUAAGGAGCAUGUAAAUAUUUAUGAAUGUAUAGAUUUGAUUGAUGAAUGUCAGAAUAUGUUUUUCUGUACCAUGUGAAAUUGAUUCUGUAUUUAGCCACUCCUUUAAAACAAGCUUGCAUUUAAAGUUUAUUUAGAAUCUGUACAAAACAUAUAUAUCAUUGUUCAAUCUUGCUGAAAGAAAUUGUACAACUCUCUGUACAAAGACACCUCUAAAAUUGUAGAUUUGUAUGCAGGCUCACAGAUACCACAGUAUUUACUGAGUUUUCAUAAUCACCCUACAAGCACGUCUGGUGAUCACUGACAAAAUGAUGCCAUUAUCAGAUUUUCUGAGCUAUGAAGUGACUGAAGACAGUAGAGACAGAGACAGUUGACCAGGACCAUCAGUCAGUCAAAGAGAUGAGGUCAUCCUCCCGUCCAAUAAAACUUCUUCAGGAUGAACCAGCUGCCCAGAACCAGCAAGACAGAAGUAGCCAGACUGUCACACUUGCAUCACUCUUUCCGGAUGUGAUGCCAUUACCUGACAUCGACAAGGGGAGAGUAAAGCAGAUAAACAAGAACUCCCAGUUCUGAAAUGUAUAUCUGAAUGUUUGUAUUUGGAUUUUGUAAAUAAAAAGCACUCACUGUA